CUUGCGUCCAAAAUCAAAGCCCCCGUGGUCGGUGGGGAUAGCCUGAGUAGCAGUUCCGUGGUCGCGGCGGCGCCUUUGAAACGCUCGUUCGAUUCUUUGUCCGGCGGUGAAGAGCCCCUAAGUAAACGUCCCGGCAUCAUGGAUAUGAAUGCCAUGCCCGGUGGCAUGAUGGCGGCCAAUGGCGUGCCUGGCGGUAUGAUGGCGCCCGGUGGAGCGGGUGGCGUCGAAGCGCCCGCCACCGAGAUCAUCAUGGUUCCCGAUAAGAUGGUCGGACUCAUCAUUGGGCGCGGUGGCGAGCAAAUCACCCGGCUUCAGGCCGAGUACGGCUGUAAGAUCCAGAUGGCCCAAGACAGCGCCGGCCAGCCCGACCGACAGUGCACUCUGACCGGAGCCGCGGUCAACAUUUCGCAAGCCCGAGCCGCCAUUGAGCGCAUCGUAGCCAACGAGGGCAACGGACCGCCGCGCGGAGCCGGCGGACCCGGUGGUCCCGGUGCCGCGCCUGGAGGCGGCUUUUUCGAGAUGAUGGUCCCGGGACACAAGGUGGGACUGAUUAUUGGUAAGGGCGGCGAGUCUAUCAAGCAACUCCAAGAACAGUCGGGCGCCAAGAUCGUCAUCAUCCAAGACACCCCUGAGGCGGCCAUGGAGAAGCCCCUGAGGAUUACGGGCUCACCCGAAGCCGUGGAACGGGCCAAACAGCUGGUCACCGAAAUCCUCAACCAAGGGGAUGAGCGGGACAUGGGCUUCGGAGGACGAGGUCGCGGACGUGGUAGUAGUAUGAUGCGUGGCAUGGGCGGCGCCGGAACUGGCGGGCGUGGGGGGUUCGGCAUGCCCCGCGGUCGCGGUGGACCUCGUGGUGGCAUGACUGGGGGUCAAUGGGGCGCGCCCAGUAGCGAGUAUGGCGGCCAAGCCACGGAAUAUGUGCAAGUACCGUCCAAUAAGUGCGGACUCGUCAUCGGCAAAGGUGGCGAAACCAUCAAGAACAUCAAUCAGAGCACCGGCGCCCAUUGCGAAAUCGACAAGCACUCUGCCCCUGAUGCUCGCGAGAAGACUUUCGUCAUCCGAGGCUCGCCCGAGGCUGUGGAACGAGCCAAGAGCAUGGUUUUGGAAAAGCUCGGCAUGCAAGGCGGAUAUGGAGGCGGGGCCGGAGGUUAUGGUGGUGGUGGUGGAGCCGGUGGUUCAUGGGGAGGUGGCUCCAGCUACGGCGGAGGCUACGAUGGCGGAGCCGGUGGGGUCAACCCUCAGACGGGUCAAGCCGACUUCUCCGCUCAGUGGGCCGAGUACUACCGGACCAUGGGGAUGGUCAAAGAAGCCGAAGCCAUUGAGGCCUCUCGCGCCAAUGCUUCAGCCCCCGCUGCUCCCGCGGCCGCUGCUGCCCCCGGCAACGGCGCACAGAAUGGAUCCCAAGACUAUUCCGCCCAAUGGGCCGAAUACUACAGAUCAAUUGGCAAGUUGAAGGAGGCCGAAGCUAUUGAGGCACAAAUGAAGCAAAAGGUUGGUUCCGCUCCAUCUGGAACUCCAUCAUAUCCUACUCAAUACGCCACGGCGUCAACUGGAUAUUACGGAGGCAAUUAUGUAUCUCAAUAGGCCAGUGUUGAUGUGUGUGUAUACAUUAGUAUCUUUGCUGAAUAUACCUACUACCUAUGAGUCCGACUUCUACAGUACCAUGCGUUGAUCUAUGUUAGACAUGUUUCACUUCACUUCUUCAACUUCCUCCUCCGCAACUACAACUACUACUUCUACUUCUACUACUUCCACCACCUCCACUACUACUAUUGCUUCUACUACCAUCUCUACAUCAUUGCUCUACUCAAUAAUGCUACUUCUUCUGAUAAAUUGAAUGUUUGGAGAAUCGUAACACUAACAACUAUGCAAAGAUAUGACUGUUCAAGAGGGAAACACACAAAGACACUAUCAAGUUAGUACCAUUGAACAAGAUCCUUUGAUUUUGCCCAAACAGAAAGUGGAACACAAAAAGCAGCAGGAAAAUCAGCAACCCAAACAUGUUCUAAAUGAUGUGGAUGUGGACAUCUCUCCGGGAUGACGUUGAAAGAGAAUGAUGCGAAUACAGAUCCCUGAGGAGCGCCUUUUUCAUCAAUUUCUUACCUCCUAACUCUCACACCUUGACCAUCGAUUCCCAUCAUCCCAACCACCAAACCUCGUGUAGCAGAAACUAUCAUCCCUCGUUUCUACUCCUUCCUUGAGCACCCAUCCUCCUCCACCACCAACACCACCUCCUCCUGUCCCUCUCCAUCUUUCUAUGACAAUUUCUCGUGUAUUGUAACCUUCUUUUUCUUCCCCAUUUCAGUGAAAAAAAUGUUGGAAGAUGUGUUUUUAUGAUGUUCUUUUUCUUGGCUCCUUGUGGGCUCCAAUUCGGCUUAAUUAGGCCUAUCGGACGUUGAAUUCAGAGUGACCUAUUGUAUCAUAGCGAAUCCAAUUCCCUUUUGUCUACAUCCAAAACAGAGCAAGAGCGAGCGAGCGAGCCAGUCAGUCAGUCAACCGGUCGAUACCAUGUGAGCCAGUCAGUCAGUCAGUGUCGGGAAAGUUCACCAACACCACCCGUCGUUCACUUCCGAUGCUUCUCUACUUAUGAUGUGAUGCGAUGCUGAUUCCCAUGCGUGUGUGAUGUGCCCGAUGCUCAAGCCUUCUCAACUAGACCGUCUCCCGUCCUCGUUUUUUCAGAGCGCAUCCGUUGCCGCCUCCUCCUCCUCCUCCUCCUCCUCCUUCAUGGACGGACACACGCCCCCUUCUCUCUCUGUACUGUCGCGUUGAUUUGAUUCGGACACAGGUUCUUGCCGGAAUGUGUCCGGAUCAUGGUGCAGGAUUGAGAUGGCGUAGGGGCUCAACGAGAGGCAGAGACAGGACAGGCUGAGAGAGUGCCUUCUCACACCUCCGGGCGAUCGGGCAGAGGUAAACUACUAGUACUACUCCAACAACGUGACACACAAUCGUGAUCGAACCCCCCUACCCCCAAAAGCAGCCAAUUCUAUCCUUUUUGAUUAUAAUUGCUGAUCUGAGGUCAAUGAUGAUGUGCUUUAUAUCCAUGCCUUCUUCAUUCAUUCAUUCAUUCCUAUAUGCCACGCCACGCCAGAAACUUUGGCUCCUCAUUCCUCUCUAUCUAUCUAUCUCUUGCAAUUUUUGACUUCUCCUUGAUCCUCCUUCUCCUCCUCUUCGUUCUAUGGCCUGGAAAAUCCAUCCAGCAGAGGGUUACAUUCAGUUGAGAUAUCAUCCAGUUAUUAUAUGCUCUAAUGAUGCAUUAUUCAUGCAGUAAUGAUGAUGAAGAUAAUGAUACCCAUAAUAAUGACGAUGAUGUUCAUGUAAGACGCCAUCCAUCCAUCCAGCCAUUCUCCCUCUUCAAUGACUCCCAUGGGGAACACUCUUGUUGGGUCGUUGUCAAAUCUGUUGGGGGUGGAUGGGCUCCAAUGUCUGAUGCUAUCUCUUUAGAUGUGGCAAAAGUCCAUUCUAACUACAUUCUACUACUCUGCUACGUUGUUAUUCAAAGAUGCCGUGUCCCAUUACAACUACUACUACUGCUACUACUACCACUAUAACUAGUACAAUUGAAGAUUUUGUUCGUUUGUUUUUCGCGUAAACAUGGUUCACCAAAUUAUUAUCUCUUCUCAUGAUGUCUUGUGUUGUUGCCCAUGGGGUGGUGUAGUACCUCCUCUGAAGACUGACUGGCUUGCUCAUCCAAAACUGAUCUUGGACAAUUUGACCUAAACCUUCUCGAGAAAUUAAUCCGCUCGCUCGCUCGCUCGCUCUCGCUAAAAACUACGAAACCCAUUCUGUCACUAGUUCGAUCUCUGCUUGUAGUACAUACACCUCCUCCUCGUCACCAUUUUGCCCUAUGUCCUGUGCUCUAUUUGCUAUAUUUCCAGCCCAACCCAUCAACGUGUCGAUCCAGUGGCAGUAGUCUUGAGAGAUGGGGGGCGUGGCUGCUCCUCCUUCCCAUUUGGCAUAGAGAUACGGUCUUGUUUGUGCCCAUUGAUGAUAAUGAACACAUUAUCGUGUUGUUGCCUUCAAGCGCUAAAUCUCAUUAACGAUGAACCCCUUAAAAACACAUUUCCCGGCUCAUUUUUUUAUAACCGUUUUGUAUAUUAUUGGCCCUCCCCUCUCGAACCACUAUCCUAACUCUAUAUAUGAUUUUCUUCAUGUGUGAAAAUAAAGAAACCGAAAC